AACCUGCCACGAACGUAUGUCCACUUUUGGUACUUCAACGUCCAUCUUGUAUUAAUUCGUUGAGGGCAGGACUAGCAAUUGAAAUGACCAAAAACGAAUGGUAUGGACAGUACACGUGACCAAUGACUGGUGGCUUUACACAGAUCACAUAAUUGCGGGGACGAGCAAGGGUCAAGCUGCGCGCGUCAACUCAAAAGGUUGCCGCGAAUUUUUUUUUUUCUUCUCCAACAGCUUCAUCCAAAAGAGACCAAACCACUUCCACAAACAUGGCAGCAGGUGAUGUAGCGCUUUCGGAGAACCAGCUCAUCGAGAGCCUUCUUGCAGAUGCUGAGAAGCGUCUAUCUGCUCAGGCUUCUACACAGGAUGUCGCUGUCGUCAGCAGUAAACCAGCCAGUGUGGUGAAGAUACCAAAGGCCCUGCCUACCACGAAAAGCUCAUCAAAGAAGGAAGAAGAGUUGUCAGUCCGGUCUGUGGCUCCAAAGCAGCCAAAGAACAAGAGUGAAGAUGCUGGCUCCGAUUGGUUCAAUAUGCCCAAAACCAAUGCGACUCCUGAGCUCGUCCGCGAUCUAAAGCUAUUGAGGAUGAGGAAUGUACUCAACCCCAAGCAGUUCUUCAAGAAGGACACGCGUACGCAGUUAGUCCCCACUUACUGUCAAUCGGGCACUAUCAUCGAGGGACCUACCGAGUUCUACAAUGCCCGCCUUAACCGCAAGGAAAGGAAGAAGACCUUGGCCGAGGAGGUUUUGGCUUCUUCUGACGCCAUGGCAAAAUUCAAGACGAAGUACAGUGAUAUUCAGACCAGGAAGAUGAGCGGAAGGAAGGGGAGCUACAAGAAAAUGAUGGCCCAACGGUACAAGAAGCGGUGAAAGCUUGUUGUUCCAGGAGAACCCUAACUUUAUGAUGCACCUUGCAAUUACCAGAAGAACACCAGCGGCAAGCCGUGUGCUCUUGAAACCCUGCUUGAUACCUGCUAAGCUCUCAGCUGGGAACAGUCGUACUCCCCCACUGCUUUGAUGCGCUUAACAUACCAGGAGGCAACCGUAGGAGGUCCUCUUGUGGAUGUGCUUAUGGUUGUCAACGGCCUGUGGGUAGGCAUGGACAUUUGGCUGAAAGACUUGCCAUGGACUGUCCCGUCUGAACACCUGCCAUCGCCAUUGCGUUUUACAACACUAUGAAACUUCUCUAUCACAAAACCGAUAGGCAAUAAAAACAUAAAAGUUUGAAAA